CACACACACACACACACAUCUGUCGGGUCCGCCCGCUCCACAUCAGCUUCUCCUCUAUAAUGGGCAUUUUCCUCAGACAGAAGAACAUCUGGAUUCGGCUCUGCUCGCUGGUUUAAAGAAGACUUUGACGCAUGGAUCUAUAUCGUGUCAGCUCGAGGACUUUCCCCGUGUCUCAUUAUUAAUGCUUCACUCUGUGGAGAGACUAUGUGUUCUUCAGGAUGGGUGCGAACAAUGGCAAACAGUAUGGAAGUGAAGGGAAGGGAAGCUCCAGUCUCUCCUCCGAUGUGAGCUCCGGCACGGAUCACACACCCACCAAAGCUCCCAAGAAUGUGGCUACCAGUGAAGAUUCAGACCUUAGCAUGAGGACGCUUAGUACUCCCAGUCCGGCCCUCAUUCUGAACCCAAACCCUUCCCGUGUCUCCCCUCAAACAGUCCCAAACGGCCAUGAAACGUCCUCCACCUCAUUUCCCGUCCCGGGGGAAACUGUGGCCAUGGUUCACCCGCCUCCAGGCACUCGCUCACGGCCUUCAAAGGCCCCUCACACCGCCCUCAUUGACAUCCUUCCCGACCCUGUUUUACUCCACGUCUUGUCUUACCUGUCCACUCCUCAUCUGUGCCGCUGCGCUCGAGUGUGUCGCCGCUGGUAUAACCUGUCCUGGGACCCACGGCUCUGGAGUCGCAUUCGUUUGACCGGAGAGUUGCUGAACGCGGACCGGGCCCUGAAGGUGCUCACCCAUCGGUUGUGUCAGGACACUCCCAGCGUGUGUCUGACGCUGGAGACGGUGGUGGCCAGUGGCUGUCGGAGGCUGUCGGACCGCGGGCUGCGUGUGAUGGCCCGGUGCUGUCCCGAACUGAGGUGUUUGGAGGUCGCAGGCUGCUAUAAUGUGUCCAAUCAUGCCGUGUUUGAUGUGGUGUCCAAGUGUCCCAAUCUGGAGUAUUUAGACGUAUCAGGCUGCCCUAAAGUGACGUGCAUCAGCCUGACAGAGGAGACGUGCCUCCAGCUCACUCCUCUUCACGGACAGCAGAUCGGCCUGAGACACCUGGACAUGACGGACUGUGUCUCACUGGAGGAUGAAGGCUUGAGGACCAUCGCAUUUCACUGUCCGCAUCUCACACACCUUUACCUGCGUCGCUGCAGCCGCCUAACAGACGAGUCUCUGAGACAGCUAGCACUGCGCUGCUCCUCUUUACGCGAGCUUAGCCUCAGCGACUGCCAUCUGGUGGGAGACUUCGGCUUGCGUGAGGUCGCUCGUCUCGAGGGACGCCUACGCUAUCUGAGCGUAGCACAUUGUAUGCGCAUAACAGACGUUGGAUUGCGUUAUGUAGCACGCUACUGUCCGCGGCUACGCUACCUGAAUGCACGGGGCUGCGAGGGGCUAACGGACCAGGGUUUGAGCCAUUUAGCUCGCAACUGCCCCCGAUUGCGCUCUAUCGAUGUCGGUCGCUGCCCGCUGGUGUCGGACGCUGGGUUAGAAGCAUUAGCACGCGGUUGUGAAGGCCUACGAAGGCUCAGUCUGAGGGGCUGUGAGAGUUUGACGGGGAGAGGGCUAAUGGCGCUAGCGGCGGGAUGCCCCGAGCUACAGCUACUAAACGUACAGGAGUGUGAUGUGCCACCUGAGGCGCUUCGACUCGUCCGACAGCACUGCAGACGCUGUGUGAUCGAGCACACCAUACCUGCUUUCUACUGAGGGGACAGGGGUGUCGACCUCUGAAAAACAGAUGUUUAUACUUUCUGUAUUCCUACGACUGCCUGAAAAGGUGCAACAUGGCGGAUGUGUCUCAAAACCUUGUGCUUAAUCCUGCUCUUGGAGGGCCACCGGCCUGGGGUGCGUUUCCCAAAAGCAUCGUUAGCCAACUAUGUUCCAAAGUUUCGUCGUUAUCAGCAGUUCAACGAGUCUGUGUUUCCCGAAACCAUCAUUCCAACGAACAUUCGCAAACAGCAUCGCAG